AUGGAUGGAUGUCUGAAUGGAGCGAGGGACGAUGUGCAUUCCGCCUCCGUUGUUGCUGCUGCGCAGAUCGGAGGCAGUAGCAGCAGCAACAGCAGGGGAACGGCGCAGCCCUGGGAGGGUGCGUACCAGUUCAAGGGAUGUAGGCAACUGGAGGCUGCUUUUAUAGUGAUUUCUGUGAGAGGUUAUAGCAAAUGGGAAAAGUGCGUUCCUUCACCCCCAUUGGUCGGCUGUGGGCUAGAAGCGAUGGACGCAAUCGAUAGCGUACGCGUGUGCGCAGGUGCAAUUCAAUGCGUGCAGUCCGGCGGUUCCGAAGAUCCUAGUCACGACGACUGGCAGGAGACGGUGGUGGUGGUGUGA